UCAGCGCCCAUGUCAAAACGUGCGGAAAAGAAUCGCCAAACUUCAUCUCAAAUAUAUCCAGUUCUGUGGUGUGACGGUCAUUAAAUUUAGUAUCCAAGGCAAGAAUAUGUUUUUGUUCAAACAACUGUUUCUGUGAUUCAUAUACCAACAGUGUUUAUUGCACAAGUUUUUAUUAGACUGAAUUUUGGCUUUCCUGGCCCCGUACAUUUGCACUAAGAUAUCCUCGGCUCCAGGUAUUUGCCGUAGUGUACUUGACCUGUAUGCAAAUUUGCUGAAACUUGGUAUGUACAGUAUUUGUAUACCUGUAGUCUGUAUUGUACUUCAUACUAGUAUUUUUAUCUUUCAAUGUAAAGGAUACCAUUUUGCGAGUCCUUGUCAAGGUUAACCAGAAUAGUAUGAUAGAGAAUGGCUGGAGUUGAUGACUUUGCCAAUGUUGGCCGCCUGGAGGAAGAACAAAUCAACGCAUUAAAAAACACAGAGGAAGCAUUGGAAAAAUGGGAUAAAUUCCACAACGAUUACACAGCAUUACAGGAUAGACUGAAAACUCUUCCUGAUAAAGUAACUCAUGAAGUCAUGGUGCCUUUUGGUCCUAUGGCUUUCAUGCCAGGCCAGCUACGACACACCAAUGAAAUUUUAGUGCUAUUGGGUGACAACUGGUUUGUUGAACGAUCGGCCAAACAGGCUUGUGAAAUAGUGGAAAGGAGAUUGAAAGCGGUGAACCAACAGAUGGCCGAUCUGAAAAGCCAACAGAAGUUAUUGCUCUCAAGACGGGAUUUCACUUCAGUGUUCAGGGAUGAAUCUCAGUCCCAGGAAGGUGUUUUUGAAAUCAAAGAAGAGUAUGACCCUGAACAAGAAAAGUUAUGGAAAGAGCACCACAGGAUGAAUGUAAGAUUACAUAGGAAGAAAGUCAAAGAAGGAGCAUCACAAGGUGCUGCUGGAGUCCAAAAGCCUGUGGAGUAUAGUGAUGAGGACCUCUGGCGGAGAUUGGAUGAACUAGAACUUGAGGAAAAGGCAAACAGAGAAUUAGAAAGACUCCCUGAUACACCAGAUACGAGUUCUACUUUUAUACCGAGUAGUUUUAAUGUGACGGGCGAUAGACAACGAGAUUCAACAGAUAGCGGGAAGAAGGUUCGAUGGAAAGAUGAGGCGGCUUCUGAUGCGUCAACAAAUAGUAACGGCAGCGGCUACGAAGAAGAUUCGGAAGCAUCGAGUGUAGAACACAGCGACUCGAAAUCUCGGACCAUAAAAAUUCAACAUACACCAAUAUCAGAUGUUGGAAAAGAUUCAAGUCCCACUGAAGAUGAGUCUACGUCUGAUAUAAAAUCUCCUGCUGACAUAUAUAAGUAUUUUGGCUCUGUGUCCUCUCAGAAGUCUAUACUUAAGGAGCCUUCAUCAAUAUUCCCCAGUCAAGAUACGAAGCCGCCCGAUGUGAAAGAGAAGAUCAUUGUCCCCGGAUCAGCUUCGGCAUUCUCUGGGACCAUUGUAGAAAAAGCCACCUCGGCAACCCCAGUUGUUUCAGACUCUUUGAAAGCAACAGAUACAGGACCUCCGAAACGAGUGUCAAAGUUCAAGGCUCAGAGACAGCAGAUGCAACGGUGACAUUUUUCAUUGCUUCUCUGUACGUAGUUACUUUUGGCUGCAGGCACAGCAAGCUGGGAUCAAUUUGUGCUUAAAUGGACAUACAAGUUUACAGGAAUUCCCUGGUUUGAGUGCUACAUUGGAUUCUUCAUUGCAUCAUUGAACAGUGUGUGUUUUCAAUUGUCAUGUUGAGGAGGCUCUCUGUGGAUCAUGGUCAUUUUAAAAUCACUUUUCAGGGCAGAUAUCGGCGACUUAACAUCAUGAUUCUAUUGUUAAUAUUCUUUGCAUGUGAUUAUUGAUCCCAAUUGUGAAGACAGGAUCACUGUUAACUUGUUGCAAUACCAUAAACUUCCAUGAUGGUGGUCAUAGUGUUUCUUCAAGAUAUAAAUAGAAGGGCACAGCUAAAAGAAAUGGGGAUUUGAGAUUGUUGAACCUGUUGGAGGGGGUCUAUUAAAAGCUUGGGCGCACAAGGAUGCUCCACACGUGAGUUCAAAACUCAAAUUUGGCUCGUUGUUCUCCUUCCUUAAUGGAUAACAUGUAAUAUUAAAACGACUAAGUCUGUGCUAAACUCAAUAAUGUUAUCUCAUGUAUCAAAAAACUGCCUCGUUUUAAAAUGCCUCAAUAAACUGA